GAUAAAAAAGGUGAAGACAUUUACAGGCUACGAAUGGCUUUACAACAAAUGAUUCAAACAGAAAGAGAACGAAUUGCCAGAAUUGAAUCGGUUCCACAAGAUACCAUUGUUGACGAACAAAGAACCGAAAUAAAUCGAAUUGCUCCAAAUGCGAAAAUUAGAUGUCAAAAUAAGUAUUGA